AUGGUCACUUUGGACCUCUCAUGGUCACUUCGAUCCUCUCAUGGUCACUUCAAUCCUCUCGUGGUCACUUUGAUCCUCUCAUGGUCACUUUGGUCACCUGGUGGCCAUUUUGGGUCUCCUCACGCUCCCCUGGUGGUCCCCUGGUGGUCAGUGACCCCUGCGGCCAUCUCGGAGCGUGUCCGGCCCAUCGCCGUGGCCUCCUGCCUGCCCCGGCCGGGCACCGCCUGCCUCACCUCGGGCUGGGGGGCCACCACCUCGCCGGAAGUGACGUACCCCGAGGUCCUGCAGUGCGUCAACGUCACUCUGUUCUCGGCGGACGAGUGUCGCCGCUUCUACCCCGGCUCCAUCACCGACAACAUGAUCUGCGCCGGCAACGUCCAGGGCGGCACCGACUCCUGCCAGGUGCGAGCCCCGAAAUCCCCAAAAUCACCCCAAAAUCACCCAAAAUCCCGAUUCCUCAAAAUGACAAAAAUCGCCCUUGAAAUC